AUAUCCAAUUUGAAUCAAGAGUUGAUCAGUGAGAAUCCAAAUAUUGGUCUCCCUGAUCACAUAGAUUACACUCUAUCGUCUGAAUCACAAAUUAAAAAGAAUAAUUAUGUGUUUCGGACAAGAUUGCACAUGCUCAGAUCAAUUCGGCAAGAAAGAUUAGUGAUGAAGCUUCGAGAGGCUAAGAAUAGGCGAGAAGAGCUGGAUGAAGAACUGAUGGACAAGGACACGUCGUAUCGACCCCCUCCUCUCUCGAAUUACAAUAAGCACACCUUUGCUCAGAAGCUUGAAUGGAACAAGAGGACCAUCAACUGGAGAUUCAACAAGAUUGCUCAGCCCCGUGAAAAUAAAGCUCAACUUCAAAGGGAAGCAGAGGACUUCUAUGAAAAACAAAAUGAGGUAAGGGAACUUGACCGAUUAUUGGCAAUGCACAAUAUAUUUGUCAUGACCCCUGCGUAUGAUCGGUAUGAUGAGCUUUCUCCUGAAUUUUGGAGAAGACACAUGGAUCUUCAUAUCAGUCUCCAGUCAAACAAACUCAAAUUCAUAGAAGAAGAAGAGAAAUCUAAUCUCCAAGCCCAAGAAGAGAUGGAUCAAUGGAGAACGUUGAGUCAUCAUCAAGAAUCUCAGGAAGUUGAAACAAAUUUCGAACCUAUUCUCAAAGAUUCACCAAAACCGACACCAUCACAAAAACCUAAGUGUGGCAUAAUCCUUCAAAUGCUUGCUGGGGCUACUGUGGUGAUGAUACCUAAGUAUUCUCCUAGUCAUAUUGUACAUGAGGUGGAACCAGCUGAGGGACCUGACUCAGAGCCACCUAUUCAAUCUCCAAUUGAAAAAGAAAGGGGAGGAGUUAUCCCCAUGACAAUAAACUUCCCCCUUCUUAAUUGUGUUAAAGAUACACCUCUAGAGGGACCUGUUCUGGAGGAAAUAGAACCAUUGACUUAUCCCAAAGAGUUUGAAGAGGAAUCUAUAGACGAGAAACUAUUAUCCAUAGAAGGACCAAUUUUGUGUAUUGAAACCUUUGCAAAUGAUGCCUCAUCAGAAGAAUUAGACCAAACUUUCUUUGACUCCUUACUUGACGAGUAUGACUAUGUAUGCCCGAAGGAUAGUUCGAACCAAAUAAGUUGUGACGAACUUCUAUUGAGUGACACUGAAGAUUCUUUUAUGGGAGUAAGUACGGUUGUAAUCAUCAGGACAGAAUUGGGUAUUAAACUGAGGGAGUAAGUACAGUUGUAAUCAUCAGCCAAGUUGUAUACAUGCAUCAGAAUUGAGGUAUUAAAUUGAAAUUUUUCUAAAAGUUUAGGUACUGUUGUUGAAAUUUACCCGAAUUUCCACUACUUGAAAUGCAUAAAGAAAUUAAUAAAUCUAAACUAUUUUC